AUGCCCAAGUCCGUCUCCUCGUACUACGAUAACGCCGUGGGCUCCGACGACGAGCAGUCCGCAGCCGAGCACGACACCUUGCUGGAGAACUCGGGCUACUUGGACGGCACUGCGCCUCCUUCGCCCGUGGCAGCUCGAUCAAAGCUCCGCUCCGCUCGUUUCUCGGAAGUCAACCUGCAAGAUCGCCUGCAUCCCAACCGCGCCGCCGACGAGAGCUCCAGUCUCCUGGGGCACAGAGACCACCGCGCCUACCACACCGUCGGCCCUGGCACUCCCAGACCUCUGUAUGGCCGCCAGGGUAGCGCCAGCGUCCGCCGCCCCCAUCAUCAGAGCCGCCGCCAGUCCUUCAGCAACCGACUCGUGGCUGCGCUGGGUCAGGAGCAGCGUCAGGCACUUGUGAACGAGCUCGCCGAGUCAAGACAUUCCGUUUUCCGCGACGAUCGUGUAUGGUAUGAUCAAUUUACCUCGACCGACUGGGUUCACGACAGCAUCGCCGAUGCCUACCGCGUCAAGGCCCUGCGCAGCCGCAAAGACAUCCGAGGCCGGAUACAGGCGUGGUUUGAUGGUGCCCAGGGUUGGAUUUUGGUCGCUAUCAUCGGCGUCUUGACCGCCUUGAUCGCGUUCUUCGUGAACACUACGGAGAAUCUUUUAUUCGACUACAAAAACGGCUACUGCGCCACUCACUGGUAUUACAGUGAAAAGCGGUGCUGCGCCGGUGCUUCUGGUUGCGAUGCGUGGAAUUCCUGGUCGAACAUCAUUCUCAACGAGAGGGUUGACGACAUCUGGAUCGAAUACUCGUUCUUCAUCCUUUUCGCUGUUGGAUUUGCCAUGCUUUCAUGCCUUCUUACACUAACUACCAAGACCGUCAUCCCCUCAAGAUUCAACCUGACCACUCUUGAUGAGAAUUUGGCCCCUGAUACUCCUCUUAUUCGGGAUGAAGAUGGCAACAAGCUCAACACGAAUCCGCAGGAGGUCUUCGAAAAAUCCGAGUCCCAUCCUCCCAUGGUAUACUACUCCGCGGCCGGCAGCGGUGUUGCUGAAGUCAGAGUUAUCCUCAGCGGCUUUGUUCUCCACGGUUAUCUCGGUCUCCGGACUCUCGUGAUCAAAUCCGUUGGACUGAUCCUCAGCGUGGCUUCGGGACUCAGCUUGGGCAAAGAAGGACCGUAUGUUCACAUCGCGACGUGCGUAGGCAAUAUCGCGUGUCGUAUAUUCGCUAAGUACUCGGGCAACGAUGCGAAGAGGCGAGAGGUUCUCAGCGCGAGUGCUGCAAGCGGUGUUGCAGUGGCGUUCGGUGCUCCUAUUGGCGGUGUCCUUUUCAGUUUGGAAGAAGUCAGCUACUACUUCCCACCAAAGACUUUGUUUAGGACCUUUUUCUGUUGCAUUGCAUCGGCGCUCACUCUCAAAUUUCUGAAUCCCUAUGGCACGGGCAAAAUCGUUUUGUUCGAAGUCCGCUACCUUUCAGACUGGCAUUUCUUCGAGCUGUUCGCGUACAUCAUUGUUGGAGCCAUCGGAGGUGUCUUGGGUGCUCUCUUCAUCAAGGCCUCAAAACUGUGGGCACAAACUUUCCGUCGUAUUCCCAUUAUCAAAGGGAAUCCCCUUCUGGAAGUGUUCCUGGUCGCCCUUCUCACCGGUAUCGUGAGCUUCUGGAACAGAUACACCAAGCUGCCCGUCGCAGAGCUAUUAUUCGAGCUAGCUUCUCCCUGCGACACCUUUACCGAGGCUGGAACCGGACUGUGUGCAACAAGAGAUCGGAUCCCCGAGAUCAUCUGGUAUCUGUUCAUCGCCUUCGUCAUCAAAAGUCUGUUAACGAUCAUCACUUUUGGCAUCAAAGUCCCGGCCGGUAUCUACGUCCCUUCCAUGGUGGUUGGAGGCAUUGCUGGCAGAAUUGUCGGGCACAUCGUUCAGUAUUUGGCGCUCAAUUACUCUUCUACCGGUCUUUUCGGGACAUGCCACAAGGACGACAACCCGGAAGCCUGUGUUGUCCCAGGCGUAUACGCCAUGGUGGCCGCAGGAGCAACCAUGUGCGGAGUCACCCGUCUUUCGGUCACUUUGGCCGUUAUCCUGUUUGAGCUCACUGGCAGUUUGAACCACGUCUUGCCUUUUUCACUCGGUGUGCUCGUCUCCAAAUGGGUGGCGGACGCAAUUGAGCCGUUGAGCAUCUACGACCUCCUCACCGACAUGAACUCUUACCCUUUCUUGGACAACAAAAUUCGCCCGGUAUUCACGUCUCAGCUUGGGGAUAUCACCCCGCGCGUCCGCGAAGAACGCGUGAUUGACAUCACCAACUCCCCACUUGUGCCUGCAAAGCACCUGCGCUUCCAGUUGCAGCACCUUCACAUGGCAGGCGAGCUCGAUGGUGGCCUGCCAAUCCUGCGGGAUGGAAUCCUCGUUGGUCUUAUUCCUGCACCCGAUUUGGAAUUUGCAUUGGACAAGCUUGAAAACGAAGAGAAUACUCUAUGCCUGAUGUCCCCCGAAGUUGGGUGGAAUGCACGCGAACACCCAGAGGAGCAAGAGGAGGAUCCGACGGACUUUACCCCCUACAUCGAUCCAUCACCCGUCUCUCUGGAAUAUCGCUCCCCCAUGGACCUGGUGUACGAAUGCUUCGUUAAGCUCGGUCUCCGCUAUAUCUGCGUGCUCCGCGACGGCCGCUAUGCUGGCCUUGUGCAUAAGAAGGCUUUCGUUAAGUACAUGAAGGAGAUUGAAGCAGAAGCUCACGGUCAUUGA